AAAGCAUCUAAAAUUAAAUUCAAAAACAUAUUUCAUUUCACUCUGCUAAAGCAUCUGAGCCGUUACCGUACCCACCACUAAUUGCAGGGUGAAAAGAAAAAGAACAAAACUUUCCCCUUUCACACACACACACAGAAAAUCACUUUUUUCCGUGUUGAAAAAAUCACACACAUUGUAGUACCUGAGCUUGAAAUCCACUCCAAUAUCAAUGGAGAUGGGCUUUCCACACUCCAAUCAUGUGAAAGCCUAGCUGCUACAUUCAAGGAUUUGGUGUUUUUUUCUCUGGGCUGGGCUGAGCUGAAUUUGAAGCUGUCACUUUCAAAUCUGGUUUUCCGAUGGGGAACUGCUGCAGAUCUCCGGCAGCCGUCGCGAGGGAGGACGUCAAGUCCUCCAACUACUCCGGCCACGAUCAUGGUCGGAAGGAGAAGUCCUCCGGCACCGUCAAGAAAGCCAUCACGGUGUUAACCGACCAGAAGAAGGAGAACAUCGAGGACAGGUACUUAAUCGACCGCGAGCUCGGCCGCGGCGAGUUCGGGGUCACCUACCUCUGCAUUGACCGGGAGACGAGGGAUCUGCUCGCCUGCAAGUCCAUAUCCAAGCGGAAGCUGCGAACGGCGGUGGAUGUGGAGGACGUGCGGCGGGAGGUGGCUAUAAUGAAGCACUUGCCCACUAAUUCAAGCAUCGUGAGCUUCAGAGAGGCCUGCGAGGACGAGAACGCCGUGCAUUUGGUGAUGGAGCUGUGUGAGGGUGGGGAGCUGUUUGAUAGGAUCGUUGCCAGGGGACACUACACAGAGAGGGCGGCGGCUGGGGUGAUGCGAACGAUUGUUGAGGUGGUGCAGCUCUGCCACAAGCAAGGGGUGAUUCAUCGGGAUUUGAAGCCGGAGAACUUUCUGUUUGCGAACAAGAAGGAGAAUUCGCCUCUCAAGGCGAUUGACUUCGGCUUGUCCAUCUUCUUCAAGCCAGGUGAAAAGUUUUCCGAAAUUGUGGGAAGCCCUUAUUAUAUGGCUCCAGAGGUGCUCAAGCGAAAUUACGGGCCAGAAAUCGAUAUUUGGAGUGCUGGUGUGAUUCUCUACAUCUUGCUAUGUGGAGUUCCUCCAUUCUGGGCAGAAUCUGAACAAGGUGUUGCCCAGGCAAUCAUUCGUGGGAAAAUAGAUUUUGAACGUGAACCAUGGCCUAGUGUAUCAGAGAGUGCCAAGAGCCUUGUAAGACAGAUGCUCGAGCCAGAUCCUAAGCUUCGACUGACUGCAAAGCAAGUUCUUGAACACUCUUGGCUUCAAAAUGCUAAAAAGGCCCCAAAUGUUCCUCUUGGGGAUGUUGUCAAGUCAAGAUUGAAGCAGUUCUCAGUGAUGAAUAGAUUCAAGAGGAAGGCUCUUAGGGUCAUUGCUGAUUUCUUGUCUAAUGAAGAAGUUGAGGGAAUCAGAGAAAUGUUUGCUAAGAUAGACACGGAUAAUGACGGCAUAGUUUCAACUGAAGAACUUAAGGCUGGUAUGCAGAAGUUCAAUUCACAAUUAGCCGAGUCUGAAGUACAGAUGCUCAUUGAAGCUGUAGAUACAAAUGGUAAAGGAACACUGGACUAUGGUGAGUUCUUAGCCAUCUCACUACAUCUGCAGAAGAUGGCCAAUGAUGAACAUCUCCAUAAGGCAUUCUCGUUUUUCGACAAAAACGAUAAUGGUUACAUUGAGCCGAAUGAACUCCAGGACACCUUGGCCGAAGAUGGAGUUGACGAUUGUAAGGGUGUGGCCAAUGAUAUUUUCCAAGAAGUUGACACAGACAAGGACGGGCGUAUAAGCUACGAUGAAUUUGUGGCCAUGAUGAAAACCGGGACUGACUGGAGAAAGGCUUCUCGACACUACUCGAGAGGGAGAUUCAAUAGUUUGAGUAUAAAGUUGAUGAAAGAUGGUUCGAUUAACUUGGGUGAGCAAAAUACACAGUAGUUGUCCUUUUUUGUUUUCACCUUCUUUUUCUCUCAUUAUUGUUUGCUGUGGCCUGCCUUGUGUUAAUUGGCGUUCGAAAUGAGCGGUGGAUUAUGAGGUUAAAGAAUAUGACAGCACGAAGUACAUGUGAUUAACCUCUUCCGGGUUUUGAUUCAGUGAUUUACGAAAGCUCAAAUCCUCGUAUAUCCGAGCCCCCAACCAUUGUGUGUUUGAUUAUUUUGUUCUUUCACUUUUUGUUAGAUUCAGUAUGUUUAUUGAUGACAAUCACAUUAGAUAUUUGGUGUUGUAGUAAGUAAAUAUCUGUGCAAAACACUUGGCAUUGAAUGGAAUUUGUGUUGUUCAGGAUGCAAGUAUCCGACGGUUUAAUUUUUCUUUCACCUCUUCUAAACUUUAUUAUUGAAUAUUCC